GUUUGAGACAAGAACAAGAAGAACACGUCAACCCGGAAACGCAGCGACAUUUGUAGAUUGGAGACUUGACUCCUGUCAAACAAACUCAGAAUACGAAAAAUGGGUGGGUCUCUUUCAGCUCUUUUUAAAAAUCUCUUUGGCAAGAAAGAGAUGAGAAUACUGAUGGUUGGACUAGAUGCUGCUGGAAAGACAACCAUACUGUAUAAACUGAAACUGGGAGAAAUUGUUACCACAAUCCCAACUAUUGGUUUCAAUGUGGAGACUGUAGAAUAUAAGAAUAUUAGUUUUACAGUUUGGGAUGUGGGUGGUCAAGACAAAAUCAGACCACUAUGGAGGCAUUACUUCCAAAAUACACAAGGGCUAAUAUUUGUGGUGGACAGUAACGACAGGGAGCGCAUUGCUGAAGCCAAAGAAGAGCUGAAUCGGAUGUUGGGCGAGGAUGAGCUCAGGGAUGCUGUGCUUCUCGUAUUUGCAAACAAACAGGAUCUGCCUAAUGCACUGACUGCCCCAGAAAUCACAGAUGCCCUGGCCUUGCACACUCUGCGUAAUCGUAAGUGGUACAUCCAGUCUACGUGUGCCACCAGUGGAGACGGUCUGUACGAGGGACUCGAGUGGCUCUCCAAUGAGCUCAAGACGAUUUAAAGCAGUGAUUGGACUCAGUGGAUCUCUAGUCUUUUUCCCCUUUUCUUCUCUGUUGGACUUUAGGCCAGCUGUGGGCUGUGUAAACGUGUGUUUGUGGAAUAAUCCUGUAACUGAAGGAUGCAUGUGAGUAGGAGCAUCCCUCCUGUGCCUUUUACUAGCACGUUACUUUUAAUCCAACAUAAUCUGUUCAAGCCAGCAACAAAACCAUUUGCAUUGGUCUUUCCACAAAAAAAGUCCAUCCCAGACUUUAGGUCUGAAGCAACUAUCUUCCAAUAUUACACAGCUAUCAAUAUAAUUAACAGCCCUGUACUGACUUAGAAUUUAUUUGUCAUUCAUUUAGACAACAGACAUCAACAAAAAAAAAACAGGCACUGAUGAGCUUUGUGUGUUGAGGUUUUAUCAUUAAGCACCUUGAACUUCACUUCAGAACAAAUCUAGAGGCAAUAAAUGCUUGAGUGCAUGUUUACAUAUAUGAAGGGAAAUUACAGUGUAUUCUUAGCUUUGUGUUUUGGUUUCUAUUCUGUGACACCCUUUUCUCUCUGUUAAGGUUGGUUGUGUAUUUUUCUUUGGGUAAUGUAUAAUUAUUAUAACUCUCUUUGCAUGUUUAACUUGUGCAUGCACAGAUGGUAGCAGGUGCUGCCCUUUGACUUUCUUCUCUUGAGACCAGUUUACAUAAGAAAAGGGUCUAUUGUAUUGGUGUGCUGUUGGACUGGUCUAGACCUCAAACAUUCCCAAACCAGUUUUUGUUAUUAGAUGUUGAACUGGACAUUUGGCAUGUGGGUAAACAGGGUGUCUUUCUCCUGGCCUUUUAACAUUGGCACAGCUUGCAUAUCUUGCACAAAUCUUAGUAAAGCCCUCACAAUGAUAACAAUGUUAGAUCUGUCAUGAUAAUCACUAUACUGACUUAUCAUUCAACAUAUGAAAGAUGAGACAAUAUAUUUGGGGCUCAGUAUUUAUCUUGUGGCCAUUUUCUUAGGAAAUUGGGGAUUUUAGUUAUUUUUGUUGUAAUAAGAAAAGAUCUGAGCUGCAGAGGGUUGAAUAAGUCAUUUCUGUGGCUAAUUAUCGGUUCUCCUGGCUAUUUAUUUGUUACAGCUCAACCUUUUAGUGAAGGUGAAUAUUUUACAAAUGGGUUUAUUGGGAUUAUCCUGCUUUAUUUUAAUUGUGUGAGUUACUAAAGCAGUUUCAAUAAUAUCGUUUAUUGCAAUCUUUCUCUAUAACAAUAUAUUGUGCUUCAAAAUGUGUUAUCAUGACAGGCCUAAACAAUGACAAUAAUUAUUCAGAACAAGAGAGAAAUAUUGGCAGUCUGUAAAAACACUAAAAAGAACUAACUAUAAAGAUAUGUUCAAACAAGGGUCCAGUCCUGAACAGUGCAUUAGCAGUAUUCAGGUCUUUGGUUAAAGAUGCAUUAUAUAACUUUUUGGUUGGGGGUCCAUCACGUGGUGGUUUCUAUGGAUAUGUGACUGCUCUGCUAGGAAUGUUCCCCAAUAUGACAUUAAACAGCUCAAUUACAGGUGGUUUUAUAGCUCAAAAAUACCUAGACAUCAUAUCUCUCAUUAUGAGCGGCCUCUCCACAAACCUGACCUGUAACUUGGGUCUGGUUUUGUCUCCAUGAUGAUAGAAAGGUUUAAUGCCAUACUGUGAAACAUUCCAGGCAAAGCAAUAACACCUCCAUGAAGAAAAGCAUUUGACGGACUCUGACCAGAAAAAUUGCACAAUGCACCUUUAAGUUUUAAUUAAUUUUGUUGAAUAGAUGUUGGAUGCAUUCCUAAUUAAUAUAGUGGUACUCCAGGAGUAAAACCAAAUGUACACUGUAUAUAAAUAUGUAAAUGUGUUUUAUUUGGAAACAAAAUGGACAAAAUGUUUCACAUGUCCACUCGUGAAGCUUUAACUUUUCAAGAAUGUUUCUAAACAAAUGAGCAACCUUAACAGAUACUGAACUUGAACAUGCGCUAUAAUAAAUACAUAUCUAUAACAAA